CAUCCACCACAUCAUCAAUCAUGUCGAGCGGAGUCGAAGACUGGUUGACAGACUCAAACGAGGCACUCAGCCUCCAGCUCGUCCGCUCCGAGGAAGACGCCGAAGUCCUCGCCGAGGACGAGGUCCAGGCUAUUGAGCCGUUCCACCCAGACUUCACCUACCCCAUCUUUGGUGACAAGGAGAAGAUCUUUGGCUACCGCGGGCUCGAGAUCAAACUGCACUUUGCAUCCGGCAGCCUGAAGCAGUUCCUCGAGGUCACGUACGACGAGAAGAUCAAGUCGGAGGACACGCCCGCCGACGACAUUGAGGGAACGCUGUACAACUUUAUCCCGGCCGACUACACCAAGUCUGCGGUCGCGUUCGACGCGAUUGUCGACGCCGACGCCAAGACGUUCCGCCCGCUUGGCGAGAAGAUUGGCUCGUACACGCGUUCCGCGGUCGGCUCUGGCAAGGGCAAGGGCAAGGCGAAUGGCGAGGAUGGCUCUGCGCCUUCCGAGGACGACGAAAACGCGGUAGUGUACGAGAUGUACAAGACCACUUGGAGCACACCGGGGUUCCGCGACUUCCACCGACGGAUGCAGGUCUUCAUCCUUCUCUUCAUCGAAGGCGGCAGCUAUGUGCAGGAGGACGAGGACGCGUGGGAAUUUGUCACAUUGUUUGAGCGUCGAAAGCGCCCCGAUUCGGACAUCUUCACCUACCACUUUGUGGGCUACACGUCUUUGUACCCAUUCUGGUGCUUCCCCGACCGUAUUCGCUUGCGCUUGAGUCAGUUUGUCAUUCUUCCGCCAUACCAGCACCAGGGCCACGGAUCGCACCUCUACUCUGCAGUGUUUGCGCACAUGCGCAGCCGCGAUGACGUUGCCGAGCUCACGGUCGAGGACCCAGCCGAGGCGUUUGAAGACUUGAGAGAUAGGAACGACCUGCGCUUCCUCGUCAAGCAGGGCAUCACCAAGGACCCCAAGUUCCUCGAGGGUGUUGGCUCCGAGGAGCGCGGACCACGUGCAAAGUGGGAGGCGGAAAAGCGCAAGCAACACAAGAUUGCCGAGCGCCAGUUUGACCGUGUGCUGGAGAUGCUCCUCCUGCGCCAGCUGGACCGCAAGAACGCGGCCAAGGUCAGAGAGUACCGGCUGCAGGUCAAGGCAAGGCUGUACCGCUUCAACUAUGAAAUGCUGUCUCAAAUGACGCUGGAGGAGCGCAAGGAGGCGCUGGCCAAGACAUACGACACGGUCGUGGAUGACUAUGACCGUAUCCUGGAGAUGACGUUCCACUAGGCGAGCAGUUGUGAUGUAGAUGGUUUGGUAGCAAUGUAUCACAA